AUGGCGUCCGACGAAAGCUCUGUCGUGCUCUCUUUCGUCGACGACUUCCUCGACCCCGACGACGGCUACGAUCUCCACUCCUCCCACCCUCACUCCCACCACAACCUCUCUAGGCCGUCGGUCUGCACGAGCUCCAUGUACACCAACGACGGCGAUGACGACGAAGACGAAGCCAUGAGUCGAAUGUUCAUGUCCGGCCUGUCGAUCGACAACUUCGACGCCGACGCGGAGCUCUCCAACCAGAACCCAAAAUGGGUCCGCCCGAACCCGACCUUGGGACUCGUACGCCUCGGCCUCAUCUCCUCCGAUAAGAAGCCAUGA